AGGGUUGGAGGGCGGUGUCUCUAUCGGGAUAAAUCACUUGCAAACAGGAUUAACGUAAUCCCAAAAUGGUUUUUAAGUAUAUUUAGAGCAGAGUAACAAAUAGGGAAAAGUAAUAGUGUUUAGAGACAAGAAAGGCCAUCUGUGAAUGGAGCCUGAAGAUCCCACAAGGAUACUGACCAAAGUGCUGGAAUCAUGGGCAGAAUUUUCUUGGACCACAUUGGAGGCACCCGUCUCUUCUCCUGCGCUAACUGUGAUACCAUCCUGACCAACCGCUCCGAGCUAAUCUCCACACGCUUCACUGGCGCUACAGGGCGAGCGUUCCUCUUCAACAAGGUGGUGAAUCUGCAGUACAGUGAGGUGCAGGACCGGGUGAUGCUCACCGGACGACACAUGGUCAGAGAUGUCAGCUGCAAGAACUGCAACAGUAAACUGGGCUGGAUCUACGAGUUUGCAACAGAGGACAGUCAGCGCUACAAGGAGGGUCGAGUGAUCCUGGAGAGAGCCCUGGUGCGGGAGAGCGAAGGUUUUGAAGAGCACGUCCCCUCUGAUGCCUCCUGAAGGAACCCAACCUUUCCAUGGCCCUUUCUCUUCUGUUUCCUUGCUUAAAAGAAGAAAUACUUUUUAUUUAAAAAGCAGUUAUCCUUCUUUGUGUACAGUGUCAGCUUGGCAUCCAGCCUGACGUUGUGUUGUAAUGUCUCUGUGCACACACUGCGUAAACUUGCAGCGUUACAGUAGGCAGUCUUGGCUCUGUAUUGCUCUCAGUUCUUCUAUUUAAGUUUUUUUUUAGUAUCUUUUUCUUGCUGCCUGUGACAUGCUGGGUGUCAGCUCGUCUGAGCUUGUAAAUCUGCCCUGUGGGAUGGGAUGGGUGGGGGCGGGGUGC